AUGACCGACCCACCUUAUCCAGUGAACCCACCUCACCGAAACAAACCCCGCUUCCCGGAAACCCUAAUUCGAAUUUCGAAGAAGAAGAGGAAGAAGAUCGAUGUGGGCAGCUUCUUGCCUGACGUCAUGCUGCGCGGCGUGCCCAUGCGACGCAUGCAGGACCGUGGUGAUAAUUUUGGUUUUGUUCAGUAG